UCAGUAUAAAAUGAAAACUAUAUAUUUAUACAGACAUUAUGUGAAAGGAUAUUUCUUCAUUGAUUUUAUCAGCACGCUCCCAUAUAUGUGGUUCUAUCCAAUACGCAUCUUACCACCUGGUUCGGAUUCAAAUUCUGCGUUGCUUAUCGUAGAAUUUCUACCUAUUUUGAAAAUAAUUCGCAUACCUACAGUACGACGCAAUGUUCGACGGAUUAAUGCAAAAUUCGGUAUUUCUCAAACUCAAGAGACAACAAUAUGGCUCAUUAUAUUAACAUUAUUAAUUUUUCACUGGAGUAGCUGUAUAAGUUACGUCUUUCCUUACAUCGUUAUGCAUAUACAAGGGGCACCCAUGAAAGAUUCCGACGCAUAUUAUAUCGUCAGAGAACUUUAUAAUAAGCCAAAUUGGAAAGUGUAUUUAAUAUUUGUGCAUAUUGGAGUAAGUAAUUUAAUUGGCUCCAGUUUCCUGGAAUUCGAUGGUUUUGGAAUUUGUGAUAAAGUAAUACGAUGUACACUUGUGUUGCUGGGGAAAGGUUACACAAUUUACCUAAUUGUAACAAUUCUGCAACUUUUGGAAUCGUUAGCAGAGCCAGAACUUAAAUAUCAACGAAUUAUGCAUCAAGUGAAAGAAUAUAUUCGUCAAAAAAAGCUUCCAUUAUAUUUGCAAGAUAAGCUUAUCUUCUACUAUGAGUAUCGUUAUCAAGGCAAUUUCUUCAAAGAGAAUAUUAUAUUUGACACUCUUUCGAAUCAUUUAAAUCAAGAAAUUUUAUUUCAUAGCAGCCAUGGUUUACUAGACACCGCAAUUUUCCAUAAUUUGUCCCGCAAUGUUCUUGGUGAUUUAAUAAAUUUAAUGAAACUGGUGAUAUAUCUUACAGAAGAUAUAAUUUAUAAAGCUGGCACUGAUAGUGACUAUAUGUAUUUUAUAAUCAGCGGAACCGUUGUACUGAUCACAUUCUCAGGGAGAGAAAUAUGUCAUUUACAUGAUGGUGAUUAUUUUGGCGAAGCUGGUAUGGUCUAUCCGGAUCGGCGUAGAGCGGAAUCGGUUAUCGCUCUGGAAGUGUGCGAGCUAUUUCGCUUGCAUCGUCGCGAUUUCAAGCGUCUUUUCGCCAAAAACUCAGAGUUUUAUAACAGCUUGGAACAUACCGCGCGAGAACGUGUGCAACAAAUUAAGAAAUUGGGUGACGAUACCGAUCAGAGCGGACGAAAAUGAAAGAAAUCAAAAGCAGUUAUUCAUUCUACGCAAUUGAGAUUCUAAUGGACCAGAACGCUAACGCGAUAGAAUAAGUUUGAUUUAACGAGCGUAAAUGUGGUAUACAGGCAAAGGCUCCGCUUUCGUUUCCCACUGGCCUAGUAAAAUCAACAUGUGCCCGAGGUCGCUCGAAAUAGCAUUGCCAUUCGAAGAGCAACAUCUAAUAGCUCCAGUAAAUUAGGAACAGCAACGACAACGAGAAAGAUAUAGUAUGUGUAUAUAGAGGGAUAUGUACAUAGGAUAAAAAUCGACCAGAGUCGGAAAUUGCGAUUGAUCGGGAUUAAAUGGGUUCGGAAUAAGGCGAAUGCUGACUUUUAUCGUGUUUAAUGGAUAUUUGUUAUGUCCGGACAUCAUCAUGGAGAGAAUUGCGUCGUUGCAGCAAAAAUAGGCUUCUGGAAUAACAACAGAACUUAAUAUCUUUUAAAUUUCUGUUUCAAUUUCUGUA